AUGUUUCAAGAUCUCAAAGUCGUCGUUUCAGAUAACGGCCCAGCAUUUCGGAGUAAGAAGUUCAAGGCAUGGGCUCAAAGUAGAGGUAUUGCACUGAAGCAUACCGCUCCCUACCACCCAGCAGCGAAUGGCCUUGCCGAACGUGUGAUACGAGACUUAAAACAGUUCAUCAACGUCUACCCUGACUUUAGAGGAGGAUGGAAGUGCUGCCUACAAGCUGCUGUUGCUCAUCAUAACCAAUCGCACACAGCGGGAUUGGGAUGCAGUCCACACUUCGCUGCAUACGGCGAAGUCCAUGUACUGCCGGCUGACAGAGUUAUGGGGGUUGACCAAACUAUGGCCCUCAUAGAAAAGCGUAGGACACCAGAGGAAGAACAGCGCUACCGCAGGAGAAUGAAGCGCAACUUCGAUAGGCGCCAUAACAUUGACAUUCCGAAUACUGAAGUGGGCGACCAAGUACUAGUAAGAAAAGGACUUCCGGCACCCUCCACGAAAUAUAAAAAACCGUAUGACGUUGUGAAGGUGGCCAGAGUGAAAGUCGUGUUAAAAACCAUUGGGUACCUUCAAGGUGGAACUUGCCUCGAUAGGAAACGUUUUUCCAUAUCAUUCCAGGAGGAAUGGUCUCUCAGGGGAGGCGAGAAUGUACGGCCCAUCUCGACGAAGACAAGGAGGAAAAAGAAGGUAGAACGUUGGGGGAUUGGGGGGUUUUGUGCAAGGAUCUGA